AUGUCUCACGCCGCUUACAAGAAGAUCGCUCUGGCUGGUGCUACCGGCACCCUUGGCUCGGUCAUCCUUAAAGAGCUCCACGAGUCUGGACUCUUCGAAGUCACCGUCCUCGUCCGCGAGUCCAGUGUUCAAAAUUUCCCCGAGGGAGUCAAAGUCGCCAAAGUCAACUUCGAGUCCCUUGACUCCCUAGCAGAAGCUCUUGCCGGACAAGAAGCUCUUGUUUCCGCCUUAGCCACCCUCGCAAUCUCAGUACAAAAGCUCCUUAUAGACGCGGCAGUCAAAGCUGGUGUGAAGCGAAUCAUACCAUCGGAGUUUGGCGUCGACCUAAUAAACCCCAAAGCUCGCGCAUUACCAGUCUACGCCGGCAAGGUCGAGAUCCAGAAUUACCUCGGAGACCUAGCAGCGAAGACUAUUAUAAGUUACACAUUAAUCUUCAACGGACCUUUCCUGGACUCGGGGUUAGCUCGGGGGUUGUUCUUCAAUUUCAAAGAGAGAAAGGCACAGUUAUUUGAUGGGGGCGAUCAGCCCAUCAGCGUAAGCCGGCUAGCUACCGUAGGCAAGGCAGUGAGGCGGGUUCUCACCCACCCUCGCGAGACAGCCGAUCGAGCUGUCCGGGUCAAGGACAUCGACGUCUCACAGAAGCAACUAUUGGAACUAGCACAAAAGUUGACACCGGGGGAGAAGUGGGAUGUGCAGCUCGUCGAUACAGCUGAGCUUGAGAGGGAGGCUCUCCAGCAGAUCAAGGAAAAUAACAUUGGGCCUCUGACGAUGUACAAUCUUGUACGCAGAGCUAUUUUUUCACCGGAGUUUGGUAACAAAUUUGAGAAUGUGCAUAAUGAGGUUUUAGGGAUUCGGGAAAUCACAACGCAGGAUCUAGAAGAGAUUGUACAUAGCGCCUUUGUUUCGAAGUAG